AGGUUUAAGUAGUUGUUCAAUAAAUACACCAUGGUAUUAACGGGCAAAGUAGCUCCCGAGGAAGAGGAAGCCAAAGUUAUCAUCCUUGAUGAGAAAGCAAGAUUUGAGAACCAAGUGAUUAAAACUGGUCAGGAAUUAAGCCAAAUGGUUGAGAGGCUAAAUGGUGUCCCAGUAACCAGUUCUUCUGUUACCAUCGAUAAACACGAUUCCAUAAAUACAAGGGUCGAAGAGAUUAUAAAUAAGAUCCAAGUCUGUGAGGUAAUAUUGUUGACAGCUCAGUCUAAGAAUAUCAACAAGCUAAUCACUAUUGUUGAGAUUGCAAAAUCAAAAGGGAAGUCUAUAAGACAGUACAACAAACUAUAUCAACUUGAUUCUGUGAAUAACCCCAAUUAUAAACCAUCGCAUAAGAUAUCUACCCAGAAACAAACAGACUUGGAACCUAAGGUAUACUUGUUGCCUAUACUCUUUAUAUAUUUGGUUCCUAAGGAUAUUAAAGUUGAAUUAGACUGGACAAGCCAGUAACAUCGGACAUAUAAAGUCAGAAUAUUGUUUCAAGAUGUGUCAUAUAGUAGAGCAUUAAUGAUUACGAAUACAACAGUCGACAGAAUAGCGUCUUCACGCUGGCUCACAUUACUGUAAAACGUUAUAUUUUCCCUAUCCGUUGUCUGAAAAGAUAUCAUAUCUUGCAAACGGAUUACAUGAAACCUACUUUCUGUACCCACUUUAUUCCCUGCCGUGCAUUUCACUAUUCUCCUAUAAAUCUCUUUUAUUUAUGGCCCUCUUCUUCGCAGUCUCGAAUCUGUCGGGUAGCAUCUCUUCUC